AUGUACGUGACAGGCAACAUACAGGUGAUUAAUAUCAAAAUAAAAGUAAAACUAUAUAUUGUUCAAAAGAUAAAACAAAUUGUCUAUAACAUUCAUCAACAUAGCAACAAAAAACAUAUUUUACUUUCGAAACUUUUGGAAGAAAAUUCAGAUAAACCAAGGAAGUUUCGGCAGACAAUAAAAAACAUCAUGCCUUGCAAAUCCAAAGGAACGUCCUGUAGAUCACAUUUUCUUGAAGACAGUUGUGUUAAAGCUGACACUCCUGUUCAAAAAUCUAACUUACUAAGCAAUUUCUUUUCAAAUGUUGCAAUGACUUUAAAAAAGAAAUCCAUUUUCAUGAAAGAUUUAAUUUGGCGCCAACCAAACAAAUCUUUCGUAGAAAAGGAAUUGAAGAACUUAAAACGCCACAAGGCAACUGGUAUUGAUAACCUUCCACCAGCUUUGAUAAAAGAUAGUGCUAAUGAAAUAUCACAACCGCUAUGUUUCAUAAUCAACUUGUCACUGAGUACAGCAGACGUACCUACAGAAUGGAAACACGCUACUGUUACACCAAAACACAAGUUGGGACCAUCUACCAAAGUUGACAACUAUCGUCCAAUUUCGAUUCUACCAAUUGCCUCAAAAAUCCUUGAACGAGCUGUGAGAGUUUUAUCGUAA